CGAGCCGAUUCUCCCUCCCACACACCCGUCAUCACCCUUGUGUUCGCGCUCGCCCUUCCGGGAGCUCUGGCGGGACAUCGAGUCCUGCCGAACCCGGCUGCGGACAUGGACGUGGACAUGGCCACGGACGCUGCGCCAGCAGCUGCAGCUGCAGCUCCAGCUCCAGCUCCAGCUCCAGCCCCAGCUCCAGCCCCAGCUUCCUGUCAAGCUCCGGCACCAGCUCCGGCUUCAGCUCCAGCCACAGCGCCACCCGCGCCUUCGCCCGCCGGGAGUCCUGGCACCGUCAAGGUCGCCGAGCCCAGGCGGCGCAACCGGCCCGCGCUCUCGUGCAUCCAGUGCAGGACGCGCAAGAUCCGCUGCGACCGCAACGAACCGUGUGCCAGUUGCCUGAAGUCCAAGAUCGUCAAUUGCACCUAUGAGGAGGCGCGCCGUCCGAAGCCGCGCCUAUGGAGGCUGUCCCCAGCCCCGGCCGUGGGCCACCCCGAACUCUCUCCGACCGCAGCCGAGGACCGACUGGCUGCCGGCUCCGCUUUCGCCUUCCGGGACGCGGCAGGGCCGGCCCCGCCCCCAACUUCGGACCCUGCCCGGCCCGGUUCCGGCGCUGCGCCCCCGGAGCCCCUGCCGGUCACGAGCCCACAUUCGCUGCCGCGGGCGCACCACGUCGACUCGGGCACAGGGACCGCAGGAGCCCUCGGCAGCACGACCGCGCUCGCCGAGCGCGUUAGGCAAUUGGAGCAACAGCUUGCCGAUGCGCUCAAGCGCCCGGAGUACAGCUCGCCGUUGUCGCGCUCGGCGCAUACAGCAUUAUCCCCAGACCAUGGGCCCUUUCCCCGGCGGCUCUCGGGAGCUAGCUCUGUGAUGAAUGGAGACAAACUCUUUCCUCUCGUCGUCGACGUCGCCCAGCGCAUCGAAUCGGACAAGAGCUCCGACGUCCACUUCGUUUUGCACAAGUGCAGGGAACUAGGCAAAACCGUGCUGGCCAGAGGUACUCCCGCCUCUGUCUCCCUUCAGCUCGGCAGCGCCAUACCGCCCCAAGAGACUGCCCUGCGGCUAGUCGACGCCUACUUCAGGACCUUUGAGUGCGUCUACAGGAUCCUUCACCGGCCCACCUUCUGGCAAGGCUACCGGAAAUACUGGGAACAGCCCGGCGCCACCGACUCGGCUUUUGUGGUACAGUUCCAACUCUGCAUGGCCAUCGGCACGUGCUUUGAGGACGGCGGACCGGCUCUCCGCCGUUCGGCUGCUCAGUGGAUACACGAAGCUCAAGUUUGGCUCGUCUCCUCUUUGUCUUCCAUGAAGUCGCGGUUCAACUUCGCCGGUCUCCAAAUUUUGUGCCUGCUCCAUCUGGCCAGGGAGACUUGCGGCGUUGGAGGAGACUUGGCCUGGAUCAGUGCCGGCUCUCUGCUGCGAACCGCUAUGCACCUGGGUUUACACCGCGAUCCGGACAACGUCCCCACCAUGUCCGCGUUCAACGCGGAAAUGAGACGGCGACUGUGGGCCACCGUUCUCGAGAUUGUGGUGCAGUCGAGCUUGGACUCCGGCGCCCCCCCUCUCCUGGGCCUGUCCGACUUCGACACCCGGCCGCCCUCAAAUUACGAUGAUGACCAGCUUGCCGAAAAUGCCAAGUUCCCCUCCAUACCCCGGCCUCCGAACGCCUUUACGGAGACCACCGUCCAGCUCGCACUUCUUCGCUCGGUUCCCGUACGGCUGGCCAUCGCCCAGUACGUCAACCACUUUAACUCACUCGGCACGUUCGAGGAAACCCUGAAGUGGAACAACGAGUUGACAAAUGCAUGCCGGACGCUUUCCGCCACCUUUCAGCCUUUCUACGAUCCUGCAGGCAUUCUUCCUAAACGCCUCUCGUUGUUCCAGCUCCGGCUGGCAGAGCACAUGGUGCAUCGCUUCUUCUUGGCGCUGAACCACCCGUGGCUGUGGUCAGCGCACAACAACCCCGCUUACUACUUUGCUCGGAAGAUGUGUGUCGAGACCUCCCUCAAGCUGUACAGGGCCAUUGCCACAGGGUCACCCGCCGGCGACUCUGGGACAGCAAGUCAAUCCGACGACUUCACCAGACUCUCCACAUGCGGGUACGGUGCGUUCCGAUCGGUCCCGACUCUAGCUGUCCUCACGAUUUGUCUCGAGCUCUUGUGGCAAGUCCAAGAAGACCGGUCCUUCCGCCAUAGCAUCAGCAUCGACCAGCCACAUGAUCGGCCCGCUCGCGGCAGCGAAGCGGACAUCAACAAUCCCGUUGGCAUGGGCAUCGGGAGCGGUGCCGCUCCGCGACAAGAACUGCUUGAAGCCGUCAGGUACUCUAUCGGCUGGGCUGAGCGGCGCAUCCGGUGUGGAGAAACCAAUGUGAAAGCUUACCUGUUAUUCUGUGCCCUGCUAUGCCAGGCCCAAGCGAUCCAGCGAGGCGCCUCGGACGCAGAAGUGGAACGUCAGGUCAUGAAUUCGGUGGCGGAAGAGUUGAACCACUGCUUGCUCCUGCUGAAGGACGCCGCUGGCCGUGACCCCUCCCUGGCGUCGGCCGGUACGGCAACCAACGGCGGAAGGGUCAGUAUAUCCCACGGAAGUCCGCCUGAAGCAGGUGGUGAAUGGGGACCAGAUGAGGCGACACAACCCCGCGGGUUCAACUCCAUCUUCAACAUUCACGACGCCGACUUCUUUCUUGGCACCUGACCCCGCCACGCCGGUCCGGCUGUUUCCUCCUGACAGCCGCCUGAGGCGCCGUAACGAGCGGCUCCUCGCGGAAGGAUUUCGACCGGUCGACCACCCACCCAGCCAUGCGCCCCAUGCGCUCUCUUCCUCGAGUCUCAAAUACGGCCUCCUUCCAGUGGAAG